AUGGGUGGCGGCGGCGAAAAGAUGCCCGGCCAGUACAUGGGCUGGUGGGGAAACCUUGGCUCCCUCCCCCAGAAGGGAGUUACCUCCUACGGUCUGUCCAACAACCGCCAGAAGCCCCUGGGCGGCGCUUUCCACAACGCCAUCUUCAACACCUUCCGCCGCACCAGGCAGCAGAUCCUCUUCUGGGCCCCUCCCAUGAUUGCCGGUUACUCGAUCAUGCACUGGGCCAUUGAGAACAACGAGUUCUACAACGGCAAGGAGGGUCGUGCUCUCAUGGGCGAGGAGGAGGAGUAG